CUUUUGUCCUCCUCCUAUGUCUUCUUCUUACUGUUUCCUCUGUUUAAAGUUUCGGCUUUUUUUUUAAUAGUUUCUGAUAUUUUUUUUUAAAAAAGUUUCGAUCUUUCAACCCUAAUUUCAAACUGAACUUGCUCGUGAUCGAAUUGGUGAAAGUUGGUUUCUUUUCAAUCAUAGACUUGUUGGCUUGGCUUGGAUGAUCAAUCACUGUUAUAACCUUCUCAGUGAUUCAAAUUAAGGUUUCAUUGAUAAUCAUUCUUCACCAAAUGAAUAUCCCAAAUGGAGAUUUCUCCAAUGCUUCAAGUGAUAACACUUCCUUCUUUUCCACCUCUCUGCCUCUUCUUCCACAACAAAACCUCAAUCCUCUUGAUCAAAUUGCCUCCGGGUUAAACCAUUUCAAUGAUGAUCAUGACUCACAUCCAAUGGAUGAGGAACAGCUUCUUGCUGGUCUAAUGGAUGAGAUAAACUUAACCUCAUUGCCAAAUACAUUAGAUGACUUGGAAGAGUAUGAUUUGUUUGGUAGUGGAGGAGGUCUUGAACUAGAGUCUGACCUCCCAAGAACGAGUUUUGCUGACUCCAAAACUGCAAAUGGUAUUUUCCAAAACAUUGCUGGCGAACAUCCUUAUGGUGAACACCCUUCAAGGACUCUCUUUGUUAGGAAUAUUAACAGCACCGUUGAUGAUUCAGAACUCAGAGCUAUCUUUGAGCAACAUGGAGACAUCCGAACUCUGUAUACAGCCUGCAAGCAUAGGGGUUUUGUAAUGGUCUCUUACUACGAUAUCCGUGCUUCAAGAGCAGCUAUGCGAGCGUUACAAAGCAAGCUGCUUAAAGGGAGGAAACUUGACAUACACUUCUCAAUCCCUAAGGAUAAUCCAUCAGAGAAAGAUGUUAAUCAAGGGACUCUUGUGGUAUUCAACUUGGCUCCAUCAGUAUCAAACAAAGACCUAGAAAACAUAUUCGGAGCUUAUGGAGAGAUCAAGGAGAUAAGGGAAACACCAAAUAAGAGGCAUCACAAAUUUGUUGAAUUUUUUGACGUUAGAUCGGCUGAGUCAGCUCUCAAAGCUUUGAACAGGACUGACAUUGCUGGAAAGCGUAUCAAGCUUGAACAUAGCCGUCCUGGUGGUGCUCGUCGCAACAUGAUGUUGCAAAUGAAUCCAGAGUAUGAGCAAGAUGAUUCACGCAGCUACCUGAAUCUUUCUGACUCUCCUUUAGCCAGCUCUCCUGCUGGGAACUACUGGGGUAACAGCCCUGUUGAUCACAGUCCUCUACAAAGUCUCAGCAGGUCUCCACUGAGUCCAACGCUUUCUUCUAUUCUGAAUUCUCAAAGAGUUAGCCACUUGGAUCAUCUGUUUCCAACGAGUCACAAAGCUUCUGGUUAUCAGCAAACGCAGUCUUACGGUACUGCUUCCUCCUAUGGCUCUUUGAACUCAUUAUCUGGAUCAGAGUUUUUGUGGGGAAGCCCUAGCUCUUCACUCUGGCCUAUGAAUCAUCCGUUCUCUUCAAACGGAAAAGCUCACAUGUUUCCAUACUCGGCUCUAAACGGAUCCAACCAUGUUGGAUCCGCACCGUCUGGACUCUUUAGGAGGUCUUCUGAGACUUCAUCGAUGGGUUCAUCAGCUUUCAGGGGAGCAAGUGGUAAUGUAGCUCCAAGAAACAUGCGUGAAGCUGGUUCCCCAAGUUUCAAAAUGGUGUCUUCUCCAAGACAUAGUCAACUGUUUACGGGCAGUGUCUCUUCUUACCAGUGGCCUGUUGCAACAACGGCUUCAAUUGACGGUAAUAACAUGAACCAAGUGGACAGCAAGAAACAGUUUCAGCUUGACUUGAGUAAGAUUAUGAGCGGUGAAGAUUUACGGACAACCUUGAUGAUUAAAAACAUCCCUAAUAAGUAUACUAGGAAGAUGUUGUUAGCUGCCAUUGACGAGACUAACAGAGGAACUUAUGAUUUUCUCUAUCUGCCUAUUGAUUUCAAGAAUAAAUGCAAUGUGGGUUAUGCGUUUAUCAACAUGGUGUCUCCUACUUUCAUCAUUGCAUUGUACGAGGCCUUUGAUGGGAAAAAAUGGGAUAAGUUCAACAGCGAGAAAGUUGCUUCCUUGGCUUAUGCCCGGAUCCAAGGCAAAACCGCACUCAUGGCUCACUUCCAGAACUCAAGCUUAAUGAACGAAGACAAACGUUGCCACCCUAUUGUCUUUGAUGGAUCAGAGUUGAGCUAUCCGUUCAUCAUGGACAUGGAGCAUUCACAGGAGCAAAGCACACAUCGAAGCUGACAUACAAAUGAAUCUUUUAUUGCCUCUAGUUCAAACGUAAAUAUUCAGUUUCUAGGAUGAGAUGGUGAUGAUGAUGAUGAUGAUCAGUCAAAGUACUGUAAAUUGAUGGUUAUGGUUGUCUUGGUUUGCUUAAUCAUGUACAUAGGAAUGAUUUGAGAUACAUCUUAUUGAUGAUAAAUAAUGGAAGCUUUGUUUGAAUGGUA